UGUCCAGUUUUCUUUCACUCGCCACAAUACGGCUCGGCGGUAGCACGUAUUUGGAUUUUGACGUGUGACAGCAAACAGCUGCAGCCAAAUUCGGUUGCAGAUUGAUAGUGUAUAGAAAUAAAGACAGUCGGUUAUGAAAAAGUGAUAGAUAUGGCCGAAAGUAAAGGUGCGUUAAUUGCGAAAACAGUGCAAAAACAUGCCGGACGAGCGAAGGAAAAGUUCCUCCAGAACCUGGGCAAGGUAGACCGUACCCUCGACGAUAUCUUCGAGGAGCACUUGCAGAACUUCAACCGACAGCACCAGCAGGCGCUUAGGUUACAGAAGGAGUUCAACAACUAUAUAAGAUGUAUUCGAGCGGUCCAAACAGCCUCAAAGUCGCUGAUGGAAGCGAUCACGGAGGCGUACGAGAGCGGCUGGUCCGGUCACGACUUGUUGUACGUACAGGCUCAAAACAUGGAGAUGCUCUGGCAAGACUUUUCGCACAAGCUCGGCGAUCAAGUUCUCAUACCGCUCAACACGUACACCAACCAAUUUCCUGAAGUUAAGAAAAAAGUUGAAAAACGUGGACGCAAAUUGGUGGACUACGACAGUCAAAGGCACAGUUUCCAGAACUUGCAAGCGAACGCCGCGAAACGGAGGGACGAUGUCAAGGUGACGAAGGGUCGUGAACAACUAGAAGAAGCUAAACGCACGUACGAGGUCCUGAACUCGGAAUUGCACGACGAACUGCCAGCUUUAUACGACUCACGGGUGCUCUUCUACGUAAACAAUCUGCAGACCCUGUUUAGCGCUGAGCAACUUUUCCACUCGGAGAGUUCGAAGGUGUUCGCGGAACUGGAGGCCAUCACAGACAAGCUGGCGAACGAGUGCCAGCGCGGCUCGUACACCAAGAAGCCAGUGCUGAACAACAUCUCGCCGGCCGCCUCGCCCACCGCCAACUCGCAGAUCACCGCGCACAACGGCAACUCAGCGCCCUCCGCCGUGCAGACGCCCCCCUCCCCCGCGCUCAAUGGCAACGCGUCCCCCGCCGAGGGCUCGCCUGUGGCCCCCGCCGCCUCCGCCACCGCAGCGGACGGCCCCCCCGCGGCCGCCACGCUGCCGGUGAGCCCGGGCACGCCGCCGCCCGCUGCCGCAGCGGAAAAUGCUCCGCCGGUGCCGGCGCGGCACUCGGACGAGGAGAAAACCACCAAUGGAGACGACUCCUCACCAGAAAAGAAGGUCGAGGAGUUGUAUGACAUACCUGUCGGAACACCGACGCCGGUGGCACCAGAAAAGUCGCCUAGUAAUGAAGAAAAAAGACAAGUAGACGUAGAAAAGCCAAGUGAGAAAGAGAAAGAUAGUGCUAAUGAGCACAAGGGUGAUGAGGUUUACGACAUACCCGUUGGGGCAACACUGGCGGGGCUGCCGGCGGGCACGCUGUACCGCGUGCGCGCCACCUACCGCUACACGCGCGAGGACUCGGACGAGCUCUCGUUCGACGUCGGUGACAUCAUACGCGUCGUCGAGUAUGACGACCCCGACGAACAGGAGGAAGGCUGGUUAAUGGGGAUCAAGGAGUCGACCAACGAGAAGGGCAUGUUCCCCGCGAAUUUCACGCGGCCCAUUUGAAAUGUUCGCAACAUAUCCCUGCCGAUGUAUAUCGGCCCUUAAAUAUAUGGACACUGGGUUUAAUAUCGCUCGAUUUAAAUACUACGUCACAUUGAGUUUAUUAGCAAACAGUACAAUAAACUUAAUGGUCGAGUAAAUAAACCUCCAGAAGUGUUACGAGCAUUCAAAUAUAUAUAUAUAUAUAUAUAUAUAUAUAUAUAUAUAUAUAUAUAUAUAUAUAUAUAUAUAUAUAUAUAUACACAACAUGUAAUUAAAACUAAAUCAAUAAUCAUUAUUUUUUUUUUUUUUACUUGAAUAAUGAUUGAAUUUGAGACACCGGAACGCUCGUCACACUUCCAUUAGUUUAUAAUUGUUGAAUGUUAAUAGAUAUCUAUUAUUUAUUAUAUUUUGUGUUGUAUUGCAACGAAUUAUGAUUAAUGCAUUACCCGUUUACUUUUAUUUAACGACACUUUCGUAUAGUUUUGUAUAUAAAAUGUAUGUAGUUGAUUUUAGUCACUAUCAGUUAGGUGCAGGGUCGAAUUGAAUCAUUUAUUCUAAAUAUUUAUUUAUUUCUAUUAGCGUAACACUUAUAAUAUAAUAUGACGUGUAAAUGUUUAUUUAAUAUUGCUAUACGCAAUCGUGCAGGACGCCUAUGCAAUCGAAUAGGCGUAAGAAAAAUAGUCACCCAUGAUAGGACAAACGUCACGUAACAGCAAAAAUUAACAUUUGAAAUUCGAAUACAUUUUAUUUCUUAAAUUUUCACACACACGUGUGAAAUGAUGUUUAUUCUAUCAAGGUGACAAUAAUUUUGUAGAAAUAUAAUUUAUCGUAAUUCGGUGUUUGGGAGAUAUUUGCUCAGUGGUAAAAAAAAAUUAAUUUAAACGAGAAGUGACCUUAUCAAUGAUAUAAUAAUAAUUGGUAAAAGAAUUUCUCCUAUACUUUUUUCGCAAUAUUAUUUUAUUCUGGCAAGUUUCUUCUAUUGCACUACAACUAAAUACUAAAUAGCAAAAUACAAAUUGUUCUAUUGAUUACGUUAUGAACAAUUGAAAUGGUCAAUUUUGAACCCUAUUCUCUUAUGAAUGAAGCUAUAUUUCCAUCAGCACAGUGCAUUUCAUUUUAUAUAAUCACCAUGGUGUGGUGUUGCAUUUUGAAAAUCGUCUUGACUCUAGUUUUAGUUCACUCACAUACGAACCCCAAGUGGAUACUUAGUCCGAUUGCAUCGUCAUGUUAUAUAUAAAAAAAAAAAAAUUAGUUCUAAUGUACAUAUAAAUCGAUUUUAGUUUUUGUUGACCCUUAUAUUAUUGUUAAUACAAUAUAACAUAGCAAGUAAAAUCCAUUCGAAUAUAUAAUAAUUUAAAUUGUUAAAACUUUAUUUAAAUAGGAGUAUUAAACAGUUUUUUUUUUUUUUAUUUAACUGUAUUAGUGAACCCUAUACUAACUUUAUGGUAUUAUAAUAUGUGCUUUUGAUUAACAGAAAUAUAGGGCAUUUCCAAUUUUUGCUACACAGAAAUAAUAAUAUAUGGAUUAUUCAUUUUUGUUAUAAGAUCAAGAGCAAUGUAUUUUCAAUUUUUUUUUGUUUGUUUAUACGCUUAAUCAUAAUGGUGGUAAUGUCUCGAGUGAAUACUGUAUUUCUAUAGAAUGUUACAUUAAAUUUCUUCUAUAGUGCAGAUAUGUUUUUAGCCCAACAUUCAGUUACAUUAAAUUACCACAUUUUGCUACACUUAAAAACAAUAAAUCUUGAAUAUUCUAUUCAUAUUAAAACGCCUGUGUCAAAAACGGUGCUUUUUUCAAAUGUAAAUACAUUACAUACUAUAACAUUUUUACCCCAUUUUUUAGAGUAAGAAGCGGUUGUAUUGUGUUCAAAUUUACAUAAUCAAUGAGUUUUUCAAACAUCCUCAUGAAUAUACUAUGUAUCGAUUGUGUAAAAUAAUUGGCAUAUUGUAAACACGUUUUGAAACUUUUACUACAUAUUCAUUUUUCGAUCAAAAUUUUUACAUAUUCACAAUGAUUGACUGAAGUUUUAUGAAAAACGUUGAAAAGUAAGUUGCAACAUAGUGUAGGAAUGCAAUCCAACAUAUUGAUGAGUUGUGGCUUAUAUUGUCAGCAGUGCCAUGCGGAAGGUCCAUAAUAUAAUGUUAAUUUAUAAGUUUGUUAGGACUGUACAGUUUUUACAACUGCGAAUAAAAUGUUUCUCACAA